AUGCCUGAACCAGCCAAACCCGCGCCUAAGAAGGGCUCUAAGAAGGCCGUCACCAAGACCGCCGUUAAGGGAGGAAAGAAGCGCAGAAAGUCCAGGAAGGAGAGUUACGCCAUCUACGUGUACAAAGUGCUCAAGCAGGUCCACCCCGACACCGGCAUCUCUUCCAAGGCGAUGGGCAUCAUGAACUCUUUCGUCAACGACAUCUUCGAGCGCAUCGCCGGUGAGUCGUCUCGUCUCGCGCACUACAACAAGCGCUCCACCAUCACGUCGAGAGAGAUCCAGACCGCCGUGCGUCUGCUGCUGCCCGGUGAACUCGCCAAACACGCCGUGUCCGAGGGCACCAAAGCCGUCACCAAGUACACCAGCUCCAAGUAAAGCGCCGCUUUCAUCCGCCGCACUCAAAGGCUCUUUUAAGAGCCACACACUUAUUCCUUUAAAAGAGAUUCUUAUGUUUGUAAGCAUUUACUGUGUUUGUCUAUUAUGAUUUAAAUUAUGACGCGAUAUACGGCGUUUAAAAUGGCAACAAAUCGUUUUCUCAUAAAUAACAUGUUUUAAAGUAAAUAUAAAUGUAAAGGUCUGACUUUAGUUAUUGUUGCACGAUUAUCGCAGAAGGUGACGGUAUUGUACCGGAUAUAAACUAUCAGAGUUCGGUCUUCAGCUGCUUUAAGGCUGAAAUACACUACAAGACUUUUGCUCAGUUUUCAGUCUGGACUUGUUACAGAAAGUCUGUGUCAGUCUGCAGAUUUGAUCAGUUUGUGUUUCUAUCUGAAACUUUAAUAAAGUCUGAAAGUGUUUGAUGUCUAGUUGAGAUUCUUGUAGUGUUUUACAGACAUAGAGGUGUUUUAUCAUCACACACAUUCAUGUCAUCUAUAGUAUUUAUGAUCAACAUCUCUAUUCACUGCUCUUGUGUUUGAUCUUCAUACAGAACUGACUCUUAUUCUAUAGAUCUAUGAAGUGUAAAUGUGACAUAGGGAGAUGAUUUCAUAUGAAAAAUUGAAUGUCAAAUAUGUUUACAUUUGAUGGUUUUCCCUUCGAUAAAAUAGCCAUGGUUGAUUUUCAUAAAUAUUUAAUUUGUGUGACAAAGUUAUUAAAAAUGUUAUAAUUAAUGUUGGUGCAUUACGGGCACUAAUGUAAAACUUACUGCAGUAAAACACAAUUAGAAGUCUUUAAAAGUCAAAUCUAUACAUUGUUUUGACUUGCAGAUAAUCUUGAUAAAAUGUAUUUAAUUUAAAGAUGGUUUGAAGAUGUCUUUAUAGAUAGAUACCACUGAUAAAUUGACAAACAAUUGUUCAACUUCAAAUAAACUAAAUAUGUGUUAUUUUAAUAAGAUUUUAUCUCAAAACUUAAUGAGCAACUGAAUGACAACUUCACUGGUUUUGCAGAUAUUAAAUACAGUGAUAAAUCCAGCUACUCUUUCACUGAAAAUAUGAGAGAUAAUCCUGACAGAAAGACAAUUAUAUAUUCAGUUUAGUUGUUAUGUUUUAUUUAAUUUACAUUGGUGAGAGUUGAGAUUCUGGCAAACACAAAGCGUUCAUGUAUCAUUAGUAU